AUGGUUAAAGAGAUAGAAGGGCAGUUCAAGGUCGGGGACACAAGCCUCUACACAAAAACAUGGCUCCCCGACGGCCCCGUGACAAACACCAAGGCCAAGCUCGUCUUCGUGCACGGCUUCAGCGACCACGUGGGCCGGUACUACGGCUUCUUCCCGCACCUGGCGGGCGCAGGGAUAGCAGUGUACGCCUUCGACCAGCGCGGGUGGGGCCAGAGCGUGUCGCGGCCAGCGGACCGCGGGCACACGGGGCCCACGGCGCAGGUGCUCGCCGACGUGGCGGCCUUCAUCACGGGCGCGGCGCUCCCCGCCGAGCCGGCCGCCGCGCCCCUCUUCGUCAUGGGCCACUCGAUGGGCGGCGGCGAGGUGCUGGCGCUGGCGAGCACUGCCGCCUACGAGGAGAGCGUGGUGGCGCGCGUGCGCGGGUGGGUGCUCGAGGCGCCCUUCAUCGACUUCCCGGCCGCGGCGCGCCCGGGCGCCUUCAAGGUCAUGGCGGGCCGCCUGGCCGGGCGCGUCCUCCCGCGCAUGAAGCUCGCCAACCCCAUCCCGCCCGAGGACCUGACGCGCGACCCGGCCGUGGUCCAGAGCCUGCGCGACGACGCGCUGUGCCACGACACGGGCACCCUCGAGGGCCUCGCGGGCCUGCUGGACCGCACCGCCGAGCUGGCGGGGGGCAGGUACCGGCUUAGCCCGCGGGUGCAGAGCCUGUGGCUUGGGCAUGGGGACAUGGACAAGGCGACGUGCUUCGAUUCGUCAAAGGCGUGGUUCGACCGGCAGGCGCAGAUCCCUGAUCGGGAGUUUAAGACGUAUGCGGGCGCGUUCCAUCAGCUGCAUGCUGAUACUGACCGGGAGGAGUUCUACAAGGAUGUGGAGAGGUGGAUUCUUGCGAGGUGUGACGAUGGGCCGGGGGAGGGGGCAGCGGCGAGUGGUGAUGCUGCUACUAAAGAGGCCGAGUCCUCUCAGUCCCAGGGAGGUGACAAAGUCGAUGCGAAACUGUAA